AUGCCGUCAACGGUUGUAAACAGUGACCGUGCGACUGGUGUUCGUUGCAUCGUUGCAAGCCGAACGAGACGGCGAUCCGCAGCUGCGAAUAUCGAUACCUUAACACCAAGGGUAACCACACGCAGAGCACAGAGAACAUUGAUCGAAAGAAAUAACGGAACGGGAUGCAGCACGGCUUCAGAGCAGCGGCGUAAGUUGAUCGACUGUGCAGUAGUUUUAGUAGAUAUACUUUCGCAAGAAACGCCAUUUAUUGCUAGCUCGAAAGGAAUAAAAGAAGAUGACAAUGCCCUCAAAAUUCAAAGUUUAUCUGAGACAGCUGCAACCGAAACCCCUACUGUCUCGCCUGCAGAAAAUAACAAAACGUUAGUAGCGCGGCAUAGCAAUGUAACUAGACGAACCAGGUCACGACAAACGAAGAGUGUAGGACCAAAAUCUCACGAAAGUUUGGCGGAGCGUCAUCGCCACACCAUUCACAGUGCUGCGGAAGAUCAUCAUUCGAUCAUACAUCUUGAUGAGUCCAGCAAUAUCGGCACGAAAAGCAUUACCGAAACUGGGGAUUUAUCACAAAAACAAACAACAUUUUCCGGGAAUGAUGUCAUCCUACAAUCGUCGGCAAAAGAAGCUGCCAUUACAGAAAGACGUCGCAGUACCAGGCGUAUGUCGUCAAAAUCCACAGACAGUAACCAAAACACAAUCAGCUCUCGUUCAAGUUCAAAACGAAAGACAAAUAAUGAGAUCCCUCCGGACGACACGGGUGUAUCGCCUCCGAAGCAAUCACUCGGCGCACAACCCUCAGUUCUGGAACUUUCGGCAAGCUCUAUCGGACCAAAAGAUAUUCCAAACUCUUUGACUGACAAGUUGAACAGGGACGCGUUCAAAACUCUGAUUGUCUGCAUCAAUCGCUUAGCUCCAGCUUUAACAGUGGAUGACCUAAAACGUCUCAAAUAUGAAGAUCCAACACGCCAUAACCAGAUUUCAUCGCGUCCUUCAAGCGGCAGAGCUAACCGGCGACAAAAGAGUAGCAUAAAGGUUGAAAGAUCUACAUUCUUUGGGGCAAGAUCAACUAUGGCGAAACCAAAACUUGUCAUUACAUCUCCAAUUAUUGAACUCCCGGAAUCUCCUCCACCAUCUGCUUCUCCGGCGCUCAAACAAACAGUGUCAAACAAUUCUUACCUUACCGUUCCAAACACUUCAAAUGCUAAUUUGGAAUUGUUUAAAAAACCAAUGCCAUCUAAACAUCCACUGUUGCCACUGCUAACUGAGGAAGAGAAUGAAGAGAACGAUGAUGUGUACGCAUUUUUAUCGUCCUCACAAAACAGCGAUGUUUCCAGUACGAAGAAAAUCAAACAGCAGCAGAGAAAACCCAAGCAGAAAAGGGCUCCGAAAGCAUCUGGUGCAAAAUCGAUUGCUAAACCCAAAGGAAAAUCUCAAAAGCAAAUUAACCUAUUCGGAUGUAAUAAUGCAUUGAGUAAGGUUAUUAAACAACUGGGCGGCGGUCCGGUACAACAACCAGCGACGGUGAAUUAUAAGAUUAAUCUGGAAAUUCCCAAAACACCACCCGUUGCUUCUUCGCCAGUCAAUGUACCUCAAUCUGAUAUCUUAGAGCUUUCUAAUGAUGAUCAUCAGGCACCGGUAGAAACGACAGCAGUAGUGCAUCCCACGCUGGACAGGCUUAAAAAAGAUUCACUUUCCUUCCCGCUCACGUCUACUCCAGCCAACAGAGUGUUCACAGCGAACAAACUCAACGUACCAGAGAAGCCGGCAUCGCCUUGGCGCUUGCAGAACGAGUUGAUCGUUCCCCGAACCAGCUACGUCCAUCGCACGAAAGAGAUGCUGCCGUCGUACGAAAGUUUUGAAAUCGCAAACAACAACACCGAAAAUCGUCCGGUAGGAACAUUUGGUUUCGUUACGGAGCGUCGUAAAUCACCACCAUCUGGCGGAAUGUCUGUCGAACCCUUACCGCUUACCACACCAAAACCAUGCGAGGGAAUGAUCACCGACAAGGAAUUGCGCGAAAUUGAACAAAUGUACGUCGAGCUGAAAGCGACGAGCGAAAUGAGCGAAAGGCUAAUCAGAGCAAUGCGGCAGAGCAAACAAAAGGCGCCUACACCGCAACAGGACCACACGAUGCGGCAAGCCUGUCUGAAGCUUAAAAAAUGGUACGAUCGUUCAAUGAACGCAUUCAACCGUUCAAUGCGCAUUAUCAGCAACAUACAGCAACAGCGCUCAACUGGCGAUCGGCCAACGGUCACUUGCCCAUCAUCACUAUCCCAGCAACAACAGCGAACGUUGAACGAUUUUAAUUCCAGCAGCGAUAAUUUCCGUUCAAUGCUCGCGCAGCUACAUUCCACCAUUAAUGAUUCUGAUAUUGAAAACCAUCCACCACCCCAGACGAAUGCUUUUGAGGCGGCAUCGACACCAUCCGGUAAAAUGAAAAUUCUUCAGGAUAUCAUAAUUUUACCCGCACGAAGUAGUGAUGCUGCUAAACGAAAUCCGCUGAUGCCGUUGAACGUUGUACCAUUGCCCCAGCGCGAUAGUCCCGUAAUGUCUCCGCUAGCAAAAACUACGACAAACCCUGGCCCAAGGGGAACAACCGGUGCAAACAACACACGCCGGGAACUAGAGUAUGACAAGGAGAACGAAUCAUCUAUUAAAAUCACCGACAAUGAAAUUCAUCCAAAGGUCACUGACGAUGUUCCACCAAUAAGUACCACCACCACAACAACACAGCCACCCUCGUCUCUCAGUGUGGUGGAAAUAAACGACGAAACGGCGCACGAAAAUUCUGCCCACAGUGACAAGCCUUUACCCACUACGGAGCAGACACAGAAUUCACGGGAUUACUUCGGAUUCGAAGCUUAUGAUACUAGCAGCGAUGGUGUGGUAGAAAGCUCACUCGCACAGGUUACCCUUCCGAUGCCACUAAACAUUUCACACGAAACACUUGAGCGAAGGUUGAAAGGUGUGAAGCAAUUGUUACCCAAGCGACCCAUUUUCCGAGCGCAACCGAUACAGCAGAACACACGAUCCAGCGGUCCAACACGGUUUCCAUCGGUUCCAAAGCUGCGCGUAAUCGGUAGUCCAACAAAACGACCGCAUACAUUGCGCGAUUUCGUCGCUUCUACACCACGCGCGUAUGCUGGAAGCUCCAAGGAGCAGGGGACAGUUCCGCCGAAUGAAGCACCAGAUGUGUCGGCGAUUGAACCGAUCACCAGCGAACAGCAGGUGGAGAAGCAAGCGGAACGCAACAAUGAGUCCGAUGUCGUUGCACUGUUUGAUACACCGGAUCGACCGGCCUGGCUUAAUAAUAGUGCUCAUCAACGAACAUACUCACGCAUACCCAAAAGGCGCCAUAAAAAGAAAAACAUAUAUCUGGCCAAUCUCGGACUGGAUGACGACAGUGAGGACAGCGUAGAUGAUGAGCCACAGGAGCUAAGCUCGGACUCAGAAACGGACCGUAAGAAGAAGGCUAACAAGCAACAACGCAAGAAACCGAUCCCAGUGGAAAAGACAAAAGAGUUUAAGGAGUUUGUUGAAAGCUUCAAUGAUAUGUGUGAACAGGUCGAGCGUUACGAGUUGCUCGUCGAGUAA